AUGGCGAGUGCUCGCGAGAGCAUUUGCCAAAAUGACCCAAACUUUGCAGUUAUUUGCUCUUUUUUAAACAGAUACGGCGAUUUACUGGGUAUCCCUAAGAUAUCUUUUGCAGAGUUGCAAACUUACCUCGAAGAAACCAAAUAUGUUUCAGAUGUGUUAAUAGACUUACAUGUGCGACUGCUGAGAAAGUUGGGUAAAACCAGUGCCAACUUUGAGAAAUGGGAACGCUGUGUCACAAAGUUUUGUUAUGCCUACUCUGGUAUGGACGGAUGGGAGAUGGAGGAAUUGGGUUAUGCCAAAGUCACUCUAAACACCAGACUGAGGAUUCUCAAGAACCUGCUUGAAGCUCAGUUUGAUAGCAACAACAGAUUUAAGGAUAAAAUAAAUGACCUUGAUGCAGCUGAUCUACGAUUCCUUCCCAUUGGCCGAGAUAAGAAUGGUUUGGCAUACUGGUAUCUGUUGGAUGAAGAUUUUAACUUGAGAGUAUACAAAGAGGAACAGGAUGAUGAAGAUGCUGAGUCUUGGCAGCUCGUGUGCAGUAACAGAAAUGAGUUGGCUGAGCUUAUUGCUAAGCUGCAAUCAGCUGAUGAUGUUCCUCAGGAUAAAGACAAGCUGUCUACAACCUCAGGGGAUUCAGAUGGGAAGGAUGAGGAGGGUGCAUCCACACCAAAAGUGAAAGUGGAAGUUGAGAUGGAGGAGGAGAAAACUGUGAAGGUUAAAUCAGAAAAAUAUGACAGCGGUGAAGAAGAAGUGUUAACAAAAGCUGAAGUGGUCAUUGAAGCUGAAGACAUCAAGGUGAAGCCAGAAGGUGUCAAGGUCGAGGUCAAGGCUGAAGUUGAAGAAGAUUUGGAUUCAGCUGCAGUUAUACUGGUGAGAAGUGACACCAGUGUCAAGGUGUCCUCUGAAGUUACGGACAAGGAAAGGGCACUUGAGCAGUCCAAUUCUACAGGCAUUCAGGGUGCAUGUGCAGAAGCUUCAGGGACAGAGUGGUCUGAACAAGGGCCAGAAAGUGAAAAAGUGUGUGAUGCUGGCAAAGAAGCCUUGGACAAGGCAGCUGAGAAUGUGAGCAAGGAUUCAGUGCAAGCAAUGAACAGUACUCAGGAAAAGGGAGAUAACCAUGAUACACCUGAUUCAUCCCAGAAAGACUCCACAACAGUCAAACUACACAUCCAGAUUGACUCCAAAUCAGUUGUUGUGCAUAAAGACAAAGUACCUGCAGAGACAGACAAAGUUAGUGUUUCUCUAAACAAAAGUGAGCCUGAAAACAAAUUUGUAUCAGGCAGCAAGGAUGGUUGUGAAAUGGAAAUUGGGGAAAAGUCUAGUAAAAACUCGACAGAAUGUAUUGCUUCCAAAUGUGCUGAAACUUCUGAAUCACCUCAACUUUCAUCAUCCUUAAUAACUGAUGUUCAAAGUGUUUCUUCUGUAAGAGAAGACAAUAGCACAGGUACUGAAAAGCAGGAGACCUCAGGUACAUGUAAAUCUGAUGCUUUAGUAGAGGACAGCAAUGUCAGGAGCGAUGAACCAUUAUGUGUGGACAAAAGCGCAGAUGUAGUGACACAGAAACACAUUUGUGAAAGAAACAGUCCUGUCUGCAUUCAAACACGUGGAAUGGUUAAAGAUGAUUCUGUAAAAGAUGAAAAAGUUUUGCAGAAGGCCAGUGAAAAAUGUUCUGAAAAGUCAGUGAUGGAAAUGGAUAUUACAGCAUCUAUGAUUCCAGAAGAUGAUUCUUGUGGUAGGAAAUCUUCUUCAGGUGAUGUUGGAAAGUUGUGUGAAUCUCCACAUGAGUCUGGGUCUGCCAUUAUGUCCGCAGAUCGUGAAAUGCGGAAACCUGAUGCUGAAAAAGCCAAUGAUAGACAUUCCAUUGAGGAUCACGGUGAGUAUGUCCCUAGUGAGAUCACAGAAUGUGGGAAAGUUGUCAGGGAGGAACAAAGAAGAGCAGACAAGUGCGAAAAAGUCUCUGAGAAGACAACAGAGAAAGAUGGAAUGUUAUCAGGGACUCAGAGUACAUCCACAUCAAAAGGGAGUUUGUCAGAAGCUGAGCCUAUGGAUGAGUCAAAACCUGAAGUUGAAGGAAAGGAUGUGUCAUUAAUGGAUAAAGAUGUGAACAGACAAGUCUCUACACAGGAAGACAAAAGCUCAACUGAAGUUGAUGAACGAUGUUCAAAUGCUGAAAAAUUAAAGGAUGAACAUACUCACGGCUUUGCUAGUGAACAUAUUGUUCUGAAAAAACCUACCGAUGAACAAUCGGAAAAUUCUGAUACCAAAGAUUUCUCGAAGAAGUUGGCCGAAGGCAAAACGUCAGCAAGCAAGACAGUGUCAACUGUUAAAAAGCAUUCUGGAAGUCAUAAGGAAGAUGAAGAAGCACUUCAUGAGGGUGCUUCAAAAGAUGUCUGUAAAGAUGCAUUGACUUCAAAAGCAGAGGAAAGCUCUACAAGUGUGCGAGUGGUUCCUAACAGCUCUAAAGUCAAUACAGAACAGACUACACCUGAGACUGCUAAUGAAGAUGAGGUUGUAUCUGGUGAAAAGGCAACAAAAGCCAUGGAUUUAGAAGCAAAAGGAACAGCUUCUGAGAAAACAGAUAAAAACAAUCCUGUCAUCGAAGAUAAAAGUCCAAGUCUGAGUGGUUCAAAGUCUUCUUUGGAACAAGCAGCAAACAAGACACAACUCAUUGUGUUAGAAAAGGAAUCUCGCAUAAGUGCUGAAGAAAGGGAAAGCAAAGAAGUGAGUACAACUUCUGCUGGGAAAACAAAUGAGAAUGUGGCCAGCAAGACUGAGGAGGACGUUAAAACACAGAGUGACUCCACGCAAGCAGAAGUGGAAGAAGGUGAAACAGAUGUGGUGAAAGCUGACAGAAACACAACACAGGGAGAUACUACUGAUGUAGACAAAACAGAUGUUCCUGACACCAUGGGAGUGGAGGGAUCCAAGGUAAUGGAUGGGUGUAUGGCAGUUAAAGGGGAUAUUAUGCAAGCAGCUAGUACAGAAACUCAAGGGGAAAAGGAUAAAACUGAGAACAAGGAGGACAUAUCUGCAUGUGAGGCAGAAAAUGUUUCCAAGGAAAGCUGUAAAACAGUGGUGAAAAGUGAAACAGUUGAAGUGGAAGAAAAGAGCAAUGUGGAGGAUGCUAAAAGUAAAGGGCAGCAUAGUGAAAUGAUUACUGACAAAAGCGAAAUGGUGAAAGAGCCAGAUAAAAUGGAAGAGGAAAAAAGUACAAAUGUCGAGGCCAGAAGUAAAAAGUUUGAGGAUAGUAAAACAUUUGAAGAAGAUAAAAAGGCUAAGAAGGAACCUGAAGCUGUUAAGUAUGAGGAUAGUAAAGGUGUUCAGAGGAGAAAAAUACAAAGGAGGAUAGCAAAAAUGUUGAUAUGGAGAAGAAGGAAGAGGUGUGUCAGGAACAAAAAAUGGAUGAAAAAAACUAUUCAGAACAAGAAAGCAGAAGAAAUAUCCGAGACAGGAAUGUCUGAGAGUGAAAAGUCCAUGGAAGAAACGUGUGAAAAAGAAACUAAGGAAAAAGAACUGUCCAAAAUGAAAAAUUCCAGUAACCAAACAUUCAAGGUGGAAAUAUCAAAAAAGAAACAUCUGAGAAAGAAGAGGCAAAAGUUAUAUUGGAGGGCAAGGUUUCAGGUCAGGGUGAUGCAGACAAACAAGACACAAGCUACCUCAGAAGAACUGGCUGAACAGGGUACAAAGGCAGGAAAAAAGGGAGAAGAGAUAACAGAAACGCCUGAUAUGUCCUCAACAAAGGAAACUUCAUCUGAAAGCAAAGAAAAGAAACCUACCCAGAAGCCCAUCCCUCCCAAGGCUGCACCCAAGAGAAAGUCUACCAGAACAUCAACAAUGGAGAAGUCUCUACGACAGAAGGUUGCCAAGAGCAAUGAGGCAUCUGAAACCGAAUCAAAAGAAUCUACAGUACCAGAUUCAAAGGAUGGAAAUGUUCCUGAUGAUGCCAAGCCCAUAAAGAAAACAAGGUGUACAGAUGCAACAAAAGAUGAUGAUGUGACCAACCUGGCAAAGAUGAAGAUGAGGCCCGAAGAGGGUCGCGCAAGAGGCAGGGGGCGAGGACGUAACCGGGGCAAUUCCAGACGAUCGCGUGCGAAAAAAGUGACAGAGGAAUCAGAUGAUAGCGACGACGAUCUUCCUUUGAUCUUCUUUUUUCAUUACCAGAGGAAAAAAGUGGAAAGCGACGAGGAGUUCCAGGUGAAACAGACAAGGGGAAAAGGGAAAGGGGGAACAAGAAAGGGGCGACAACGACGACUGGCCACCAGUGAAGAAGACACGGACCGUGAGCAAGAGGAGGAAGAAGAGCGCCUGGUGUUCGAGGCUCUGGAGGCCUCCGAUUCCAGUGAGGAGUUAUCUUUCCAUUAUUCGUCGUCUGACAGCCCCAUGGAGGAAGUGGAUGAGGAUUACACUCCGCAGAAGCAAGGACGCAAUGCGAGGAGAGCGGCCGCCCGAAGUGGUGAGCAUGAGCUCGUAUCCAAUUCCACAGGUCAGAAAGAUGAAUCUCAGUCAGAAGUUGAUGAUGAUACUCCAUGCUGUAAAUGUUUGAAAUUCAACCAACCUGAAUGGAUCCUGCUAUGUGAUAAGUGUGAUGCUGGCUAUCACACAGCCUGCCUCCGUCCACCCCUCAUGAUUAUUCCUGAUGGUGACUGGUUUUGCCCUCCCUGUCAACAUAAACUGCUUGUAGAAAGACUUACUGAGAAUUUAAAGGAUCUGGACACGGCGCUGAAAAAAUAUGAACGAUUGCUGAAGAGAAAGGAGAGAUUAGCCUAUGUAGGAAUCAGCUUGGAUAACAUUGUCAAGGAGGAACGCAAAGAGAAUGUUGCUCCUGAGUACCUAGACUACGAGUAUGAUGUGAAACCCAAGAAGAAGCACCACAGCUCAUCGAGGCCAAAAGAGGAGGAAGUUUUCCUGCAGAGGACCUGUCGUGCACGAACCUCAGUCAGCUAUCAGUUCAAAGAGUAUGAUGAAUUAAUCAACAGUGCUAUACAGGAUGAUGUUAAGGAGCCCCCACCUCCUGGAAUCAGUCGAGGGAAGGACAUGUACAACAUUGAGGAGGCGGAGAGUAAACCUUCACCAGUGUCCAAGAAGCGUAAGAAGCGGCGUCUGACGGGCCUGGACGAGGAUUUUGAGGAUGACGAAGAUGAUAGCGAGGAGUACAGGGCCACUGAUGACUCAGAAGUAACACCGGCGGAAGAGGAGGAAGAAGAGGAAGAUGUGAGUUCGAGUGGCGACUCAAGCCAUUGGAGAUCUGUAAGAACACGGCGCUUUGGAAAACCUACAAGAAAGAGUUCGCGGAAAGGUGGACGCUGGACGAGAUAUGACGCUGAUUUUGUUGUGGAUGAUGACUAUGAGAGUGACGCUAGUGACAACUGCAGGAGGUCCACACGGUCAGCCACAAAACGUCGCGUGUGCUACAGGGAGUCUAAUAGCGAGGAGUCAGAGGCUGUGGUGACGCCGUCAGAGGAGUACAGCUCAGAUGACAGCAGGCCAAGCAAACGGAAGAAACGCCCCAAAAUACAAAAACAGAAAGCCAGAUCUCAAAAACGUAAAGGUGUGUUAUAUUCUGAUGAAAGUGAAGAAGCAGAGGAAACGGAAGAGGAAGAUGAGAGCGAUUCCAGUAGGGGUAGCCACUCCGAAACAUCUGAUGAUGAUUCUACACUAAAACUGAGAUCGAAAAUCAAAAAGAAAAACAUCAUAGAGAGUGAUAAUUCUGAAGAGUCCAGUGAUAGCCAGUCUGAAAGAAAGCCUAAGGUAAGACAGUCGCGGCGAGCCUCUGCCAAAAAAGUGAACUACAACAAACUUUUGGAGUCUGAUUCGGGAGAAGAUACAGAGGAAAUGAAGGAUCAAAAAACAGAGGUUAAAGGGAAAUUCUCAUUGAAAAAUUUUGCAAAAGGCAAGGAAAGUGAUUCAGAGGAUUCCAAACUGGAGAAGUCCGAGGAAAAUUCUGAGGAAAGUGAGAAAGAGGGCUCUAAGAAAAGCUCAGAACCAAAGCCCAGGGGUAUUAAAAUUACAGCAGGAAUAACAAGAGUAGUAGAAAGGACUAACUCUCCCGAAGAGUUCGCUGCAGACGCCAGAAUAGGCGAUUCUGAAAAGUCAGAAUCUCCGAAAGUAUCCAACAGUUCAAGUAAUGGUAAUAGUGUAGAGGAGGCUGGGCUGGCACAGGAGCCCACCCCAUCAAAUGGGCAUAGUUUUGACCAGUAUACACCCCAGAUGCCCCCACCUUUCCCUCACGGCUAUGGCUAUGACACAAGCCAGUACCAGUACUAUCCUAACAACCAAUCUGACACUUACCAGCCCCAGGGUUACUUCCCUCCUCCACCCCAGGGGAAUAUGCCCUACAGGGGACCUGGACAUCACCCAGGCAUGCAGACCCCAGAUCAAGGGGCACAUUAUCCCAGUGCUCAAGGCAUGAGUAAUCAGCGGCCAGGACAUCCAGGGAUUGGUGUACCCGACAAUAUGUGCUCCCCCUCCAGAGACAUACCUUCUAGUGGACCACAUAGACCCCAAGGUGUGCCCCCACCCCCUCAUCGGGGACACACAAUGCCCUACCCAGAUCACAGAGAACAGAGAAUGUUGCCCCACCAGGGUCCCCCAGACACCAGAUAUCAAGAGCUUCAGCCCCCUAAUGGAGGCCCUCUGCACCGUGGUAUGCCCCCACAUACUGGCUUUAUGAGGCCGGGUGGCCCUCAUCCUGGUAUGGACCCUAGUCAUAGGGGUGUUUACCCUCUGGGCCCAGAAGGGCGUCAUCAUGGCCGUGUGCCUGGGGAACAUGCACCGCCACGUGGCAGCUUCAUGAUGGACAGUAUUCUGCGCCCCAAGGGAUACGGCGAAGGAGACGACGAUGAUUUGUCUGAUGUGUCGGAUCUUAUAUCCUAUGUUACACAAGAUACUUGAACUGUUGUUCACACAUUCUUCAUUUGCUUCACCACAUUGUGUAUUGUUUUGAGUGACGCUAUAGAUAUGUGUAUAAUUGUUCAUUUUCUAUCAAAAGCGCAAAAUUCACAUGCCUCAUAAAUCCAAAUGCUUAUUUUUUUGAUUGGUCAAACAACUCCAUGAAGGGGCAUCAUGUUUUUUGUUUUGUUUUUUUUUCUCUCAUCGCACAAUUGAAACCCCUCACACUGUCAUAUGCUUCCAGAACACCACAACAGUUGCUGGCGUACACCAGCAUUAAACCUACAUGUAGGUCAUUUCAUGUUCUACAAAAUAUAGGAAAAGUGACGCAAUUAGAGAUUAUUAUUAUUAUUAAUAUUAUUAUUAUCUCUGCAUUAAAGAACCUCAUCAAGGGAUACUUUAAAGUACUUUACAUACAGUAUGAGUGGUCCUUUGUAAAAGACCACCAAAUUGUGCUACAAACAUAUAUUGCAAUUUAUUCAUUCAAAAACCUCAUCAAGUUUUGCUACAGAUGGUACAGUGUAUGAUGCAAUGUAUUCAGUUAUAAACCUUUCAUAGCAAACGUGCUACAAAUUAGAUGUAGACCUUUGAGGGACAUCAUGUUCAUGAAGUGUCACCCACUUUGUUUGUUCAUUGAAAAUCUCACCGAUAUUAUGUGCUAUAAAAUGUAUCAGAUAUGCAUCAUUUUGAUCAAUGAUCCAAAACCAGAGAUGUGUUGAUAAACCAAGCAUAGCUACAGGUGAAAAAACAUUACUUGUGACACCUCCAUUGGUUUCUUCAAACAAAACCUUCUGCUACGUGAACCAGUCCUGCUGCAUGAACCAGUCCUGCUGCAUGAACCAGUCCUGCGACAUGAACCAGUCCUGCUGCAUGAACCAGUCCUGCUGCAUGAACCAGUCCUGUGACAUGAACCAGUCUUGCUAUAUGUAUUGAUCACUGCAUGAUGUUUUGCACAAAUAUCUUUAUCCAUAUUCCAUAAUGCAUAAAUAUAUAGCCCUCAUUGAUCUUAGAGUGUCCCAUUUCCCAUUAAUUAGCAUACAUAUCGUACAUGAACUUUCACUGAAAUGGUGUUCUAGACUAGCAUAUAAGUUAACUACUAUGAAUUAUUAGGCCUACAAGGCUUGUUGGCCUCAACCUACUUUCCUGUGGAAAUGACAAUUCCUCAGAUGGAUAGUUCCAGUUUUGGAACUGCUUCAAGUGAGGGCUACGUGUGAAUACCUUUUUCUAGAGCUGUAUGUACAUGUAAGCUGUUCUAAACUGACACAAGUGGAAAGCUGAUGCCUCUACCAGCAUAAAGUGCGUAAUACUAGUGAACGUUGGUUAGAAGUACAGUAUGUGUAUUGUUUUAGAUAAGAUUGAUGCCAAUAGAGAGUCACAGUGGAGAAAAAGCAGGAAUCAAAUCUUUUGUUUUUCUUGUUUGUUUUUUUCUUACAUUAUUGUGUAUGAAAUUUUAAGCCAUCUUAAAGAAUCUGUAACAAAAAGGCCAUCUUCAAAAAAUGUUAACAUGAUCGUUGAAUAGGUACAUGUACAUACUGUCUUAGGUGCAAUAGAUAUGAUCAGCCAGCAUGUACAUGUAUUAUAUCCUCCUGUUUGUACAUAAAGUGUACGUAUUAUAUGUGUUAUUGCUUGUCUGUUGUCCACGUUUGCUAACAGCUGUUUUACCUGUGAAGGAGUACAUGUGUGUGUUUGUAGAAUCUCAUGCCUGUAUCAACGCUCAAUAUUAAAGAUUUACUAUCUGUCGUGUACAUCUGGACUUAAUUCAUGCAAAAUAAUUCAGUGACUGUUUAAUAAACUGUUAUCAUUCUGUAUACAUAUGGGUUUAAUUUGACCUGACCACCACUUCCAAAAUAUUCUUCACAACAUGCCCAUUCAUAUCAUUUUGUUUUUAUCCUUGAUCUCUUCCACUCAUGAAUUAUUGUCGAGAUGUUUUUGACCCUCAUACCACUGCUGAUAAAGAAAUAGGGUCGUCUUUUUACUUGCAGCUUGUGUGGACAGAUUUUUAAUGAAUGAACUUUUUGGUGUUUUAACACAAAUCUGAGGCACAUAGGGCCUACAGAUUGAUCGGCGUAAGAAUAGGCAGCAAAUGUUUGCAUUUUUUUUUCUCAGCAAUAAUGCUUAAGUAUGACUUAGUUUUGUUUUUGUUCCUGUUAGAUUUGCUUGGUUUUUAGAUAGUUACUUGUAUGUACUUAUGACAGUUCUAUACAUCUGACUGUAAUAUACACGUGAGGGUUGUAUACAUGUGAGGGUUGUGUACGCGUGAGGGAUGUGUACAUGUGAGGGUUGUGUACGUGUGACGGCUGUUUACAUGUGAGGGUUGUGUACGCGUGAGGGAUGUGUACAUGUGAGGGUUGUGUACGUGUGACGGCUGUGUACAUGUGAGGGUUGUGUAAGCGUGAGAGAUGUGUGCAUGUGAGGGUGAGGGCUGUGUACAUGCGAGGGUGAGGGCUGUGUACAUGUGAAGGAUGUGUACCUGUGAGGGUUGUGUACGUGUGAGUGUUGUGUACACGUGAGGGUUGUGUACAUGUGAGAGUGAGGGCUGUGUACGUGUGAGGGAUGUGUAUAUGUGAGGGUUGUGUACGUGCAAGGGUUGUGUACGGGUGAGGGCGUUGUACACGUGAGGGUUGCGUGCACUUGAGGGAUGUGUACAUGUGAGGGUUGUGUACGCAUGAGGGAUGUGUACAUGUGAGGGUGAGGGCUGUGUACAUGGGAUGGUUGUGUACGUGUGAGGGCUGUGUACAUGUGGGGGUGAGGGCUGUGUACAUGUAAGGGUUGUGUACGAGUGAGGGCUGUGUACAUGUGAGGGUGAGGGAUGUGUACAUGGGAUGGUUGUGUACGUGUGAGGGCUGUGUACAUGUAAGGGUUGUGUACGCAUGAGGGCUGUGUACAUGUGAGGGUGAGGGCUGUGUACAUGUGAAGGUGGGGGCUGUGUGCGUGCGAAGGUUGUGUAUGUGUGACGGUUGUGUAUGCGUGAUGGUUGUCUACGCAUGAGGGAUGUGUACGUGUGAGGGUUGUGUACGUGCCAGGGCUAUGUACGUGCGAGAGCUGUGUACGUGCCAGGGUUGUGUACGUGCCAGGGUUGUGUACGUGCCAGGGUUGUGUACGUGUGAGGGAUGUGUAAGUGUGAGGGAUGUGUGCGUGUGAGGGAUGUGUACAUGUAAGGGUUGUAUAAGUGCUAGGGAUGUGUGCGUGUGAGGGAUGUGUAAGUGCCAGGGUUGUGUAAGUGCCAGGGUUGUGUACGUGCCAGGGUUGUGUACGUGCCAGGGUUUUGUACGUGCCAGGGCUGUGUACAUGCAAGGGUUGUAUAUGUGUGAGGGUUGUGUAAGUGCCAGGGUUGUGUACGUGCCAGGGUUGUGUAAGUGCCAGGGCUGUGUACAUGCAAGGGUUGUGUACGUGCCAGGGCUGUGUACAUGCGAGAGCUGUGUACGUGCCAGGGAUGUGUACGUGUGAGGGAUGUGUAAGUGCCAGGGUUGUGUACGUGCCAGGGCUGUGUACAUGCAAGGGUUGUAUAUGUGCUAGGGAUGUGUGCGUGUGAGGGAUGUGUACGUGUGAGGGAUGUGUAAGUGCCAGGGUUUUGUACGUGCCAGGGUUGUGUACGUGCCAGGGUUUUGUACGUGCCAGGGUUGUGUACGUGCCAGGGUUGUGUACAUGCAAGGGUUGUAUAUGUGCUAGGGAUGUGUGCGUGUGAGGGAUGUGUAUGUGCCAGGGUUGUGUACGUGCCAGGGUUGUGUACAUGCAAGGGUUGUAUAUGUGCUAGGGAUGUGUGCGUGUGAGGGAUGUGUACGUGCAAGGGUUGUGUACGUGCCAGGGUUGUGUACAUGCAAGGGUUGUAUAUGUGCUAGGGAUGUGUGCGUGUGAGGGAUGUGUACGUGCCAGGGUUGUGUACGUGCCAGGGUUGUGUACAUGCAAGGGUUGUAUAUGUGCUAGGGAUGUGUGCGUGUGAGGGAUGUGUACGUGCCAGGGUUGUGUACGUGCCAGGGUUGUGUACAUGCAAGGGUUGUAUAUGUGCUAGGGAUGUGUGCGUGUGAGGGAUGUGUACGUGCCAGGGUUGUGUACGUGCCAGGGUUGUGUACAUGCAAGGGUUGUAUAUGUGCUAGGGGUGUGUGCGUGUGAGGGAUGUGUAAGUGCCAGGGUUGUGUACGUGCCAGGGUUUUGUACGGCCAGAGUUGUGUACGUGUAUGUUGGUAUUCGCCUGAUGGUGUAUUGAAAGACUUCAUAUUUGUGAUGGGCAAUGCAUCUUGGGAUGUCUACUGUGGUAAGGUUAUGUUACAAGAUUCAGAAUGAGGGGUACUGUGCAGAGAGGAAGAUGUAAAGGUAAUAAACUGAGAGAAACAAGAAUUUGCCAAAUGACUGUUUGUAGACUGUUAAGGUAACUUGACAGUAAUUUCUUCUGCUCAAAUGGAUAUUUAUGUGGUUAUAGUUCAGAGGCUACAACAAACUUUUUGUACUAUUGUACGUUAGUGGAACCACAGGUGACAUUUUCAUCUUUGCCCUGGUUUUUUGGAAACUGAUUUCAAGUGGUUGUUUUUUUUCUUGUGCCUGAUAAUAUUGCUAAGAAAAGUGGCACAUUUGUGUAAAUCCACUUGAAUAUCAAUAUUGGUGGCCUAACCCCAGUAAAUAUUCCACGCCACAUGCGUGUCUAGUGAGUGACAUAAUUCAACAGGUUUGUUCCUUGACUUUUGUUACAGAUUUAGGACUGCUGUCAUUUAAAAGUAACUCUUCGAAGUGUGAACUAGUUUUUUUAACAGUUCUUUGUGGAAAUUCUUCUCUUCUGUAUUAAUUGCCAUGCAAAUUUUGCUCAAAAGGUCUGUGUCUGUAAAAAAGAAUCCUUGAAAAUCUCUUUGUUUUAAUACAUGAGGAAAAAGCAAUUUCUGCAACAGUUCAAUAAUGGCUGGAACACUGGCCACACUACUUGUGGCUAUAGCUCUUAGCUUUAGAUGGAGUGCCAGUUCUGGCUGAAGGACAAACAAUGUGGCCAGUACUUUAACUUCAUCACUUUACUACUUUAUACAUUUACUAUUUGUGUUGUUGCAUGAUCGGAAAUGCCACACUUUCUUUUUACUCGUGCCUAAGUUAAAGUUUUAAGCUUGCAUUGACUUCACAUCACCAGCCCUACAUAUAUAUUAAAUUUUAAAUAAAUCUAUGUAUUGUAUUUAACAGUAUGGUAAUGUUAUGUUUUCAUUUUUAUUUCAUUCAUCUGGCAUGUGUCUUGUUUUAAUUGGUACAUUUGCAUCUGUCAUUUGUAGUGGUGUAAGAACUUUCUCACCGCAUAUCAUGAAUACUCGCUAUGUAUCUGAAGUUAUUGCUGUUUGGUUGGACGUGUUCGGUGAAUCUUGUGUGUACCUGGCGAAUCAAAUAUGCACUGUUACAGAAAGAAUGGGUAUAUAGCCCUGGCAUGAUAAAAUGAUGAUACAGUAGCACUCUCGCUGCCAUGGCAAUGGACUGUGGCUGUGAGUUUUUCAGGGUAUUGAAGAAGCACUAUGCUACAUGUGUAUGCUGAAAGCUGCAUGGGCUCACGGUCAUAAUUUUAUCUGUUUGUAACUUUCUCUCCUUUGUUCAAAGUGCCCAAAACGGGGAGUCUAAAAGGCUCUAAGUUCUGUUUCACUGGUCAUUUUAAAUGUUGGUCUAAAUUAUAGUGAACUUCAGCAGUGAUAUGGCCUUCAGCAUGUGUCCUAUUUUUGUUAGUGAGUUCUACAUGCAAACAUCAAACUGAUGCCAGCAUUCAGCCAACUAUAAAUGCCAUAGAGCGAUCCAAGUUUUUGAGAUCUUUUAUUUACACUUUCUGUUACCUGAAGUCAUUAGUGUCUUUCCAAAAGGUAAUUUCAAUAAUUAGGAAUCCUACUUAUUGUCAACGAGUGAAAAUCUUCCAUCUUGUGACAUUUUUAAAUAAUUGAAAUGCAGUUUUGUUCGACUUUACCUUGCUAGUUCAAGAUUAAUAAUUAGGGUAAAUGAUACCAUUUGUUAUAUACCUUUAAAGAGGUAAUUAGUAACUGAAGUUCAGUGCAUGAUUAAAUUUGUUAUAUCAUGUCGGUAAUGCAUUCAUCCUGUCUUCAUAGCAGCUUCCAUACAUUUUAUUUUACAUCAGGAUCUAUCCUAACUAUGCUGUCUAUUCGUCUAUGUGUGAUGUACGUGAAGCGCUCUGUAUUGUUCACAUAUAUUUCACCAUUAUUACCAACAUCCGUUUUGCUGCGAACAAUUUAACCAUUAGUCCAAGCAUGACACAGAAGCAGGAGUAGCUACAUGCAUACAUGCUGAAGUUACAUUGUGUAUUUGUACGUGUUUAAGAAACCAAGCAACUUCGUCCAUUAAUUACAAUUAUGUGUACAGGUGUACUGUAUGUAAUAUUUGUGUACAUGUGUGUAUAUGUGUGUAUAAGUAACGUGUACAUACAAACUUGGCCAGCAUCAGUUUUACAUGUUAGAUUUUAGUCUGUAUUUGGCCAGAAUCUUCAAGUCAGAUUGUCUUUUUACAUUCUCCAUUUAACGCAUUCUCUCUGUAAUAUCAUGUAUUUUAUAACAUUUAGAUAUUGCUGGUAAUAAAAAUCACUUAUAAAUCUCUACCAAUCUCCAAAUAAAAAAACUUGUUUGUCGGCUUCUUUGUGCGCAGAUUUGCCUGAUUAAUUAAUACAGGAAUGUUGAGAUUGGGCAUUACAACAUCAUGGUGAUGUCUCUUUGUGUCACGACAUCAUUGCUGCAUGGCACUUCCAUCAAAUUCAUGCAUUUUGACAGUAUUGUUGACAGUAUUGAAAUCUAUUAUCCAUUACCUAUGACUUAUUGAUUUGCCUAAUAGACCCACUAAAUAUAAAUAAGUCAUCGAUCAUAGAUCGUCGUCAUGACAUCAAUUUUGAAUCUUGAAACUCUCUCUUAUUCAUUUCGUCUGAUGUUAAACAUCGUACUCCACAGAAUUGCCCAUAAAUGACAGAUAUCAUAGUCAGGCAUGGCGGACACCAAAAAGAACACCACUCUUUGAAACUAUCCCACAUGAUGCACACUAGCAGAGUCUUCAUGUCAUCUCUCCAACAAACGUUCAUAAACAUGUAAGCCAGACACCAACGA